UUUUUGUUUACCAAAAACAUGAACAAAACAAAAGGGGAAAUGCUCAUCAACACUACCCAAAUCGUUUGUUAUUAACGAACUCACCAACUAACCAGCCAGCCGUUUUCUCAACCCGCAUUGAUGCCUCUAGCCAACCCGAGGAGGCAAAAUCGCUAAAUGGUCACCAUCAAAACGACGCCGUUUCAGCUUACCCGAAAAAGAAUUAAUUACAACCCCUAACCCACCCAAAAAAAGGGGAAAAAAAGAGAAAAAAAGAUAGCAAUAAAAUGAGAUGAUGAUGAUGAUGAAGAGAGAGAGUGUCUCUGGACCUUUCGCUAUUGGAGCUUCCAAUGGCGGUGCCUUUUGGACGCUUCUGACCAUGUUCUCUCCGCUUCUACCAGACAACCUCACCACCACUCCCUAUCCGUAAUCCAAAUCCAAAUCCAAAUCCAAAUCCAAAUCCUUCCAUUCAUUCAUCCACUCCUCACAGCCGUCGGAUUUAGGGUUAUGGUAGCUGCAGGACUGGGAUGAUUGCCAUGAUGAGCGGCUAUGGAUGCAUCAAGAUGGAGGACGAGUACAUCCGCAGACACCACAGGCAUGAGAUCAGAGACAACCAGUGCAGCUCCUCUCUCGUCAAGCACAUCAAAGCUCCUGUUCAUCUGGUUUGGUCUUUGGUGAGGAGUUUUGAUCAGCCACAGAAAUACAAACCUUUUGUGAGUAGAUGCAUUGUUCAGGGUGACCUUGAGAUUGGGAGUGUUAGGGAAGUGAAUGUUAAGUCGGGGCUUCCUGCAACGACUAGCACUGAGAGAUUGGAGCUUCUAGAUGACGAGGAGCAUAUCUUCGGCAUGAGGAUUGUUGGCGGGGAUCACAGGCUAAAGAAUUACUCGUCCAUUGUUACUGUCCAUCCUGAGAUUAUAGAUGGGAGACCAGGGACACUAGUGAUCGAAUCAUUUGUGGUAGAUGUGCCCGAUGGAAACACCAAGGAUGAAACAUGCUACUUCGUAGAAGCCUUGAUCAAGUGCAACCUGAAGUCAUUGGCUGAUGUGUCAGAGCGAUUGGCAAUACAGGACCGGACAGAACCCAUUGACAGAAUGUAAGUGCCUUCACUCAAAAAGGUCCUAGCAUCAACGAUCUGAUUGCUGUGAGCUGCUGUGGGCAAAGCAUUUGAGGAACAUUUGAAGCUUAUUGGACACCAGAGUCCAACUAUGACUGGUGCUGAGUACAGAGACUGGUACUCUGAAGAUUUUCUUUUGUAGUUUGUUUAUGCCUGUUUUCCUGUUCUCUUCCUUUCAAUGCUACCCGGACAUCUGUGUCUAUAGUAGCACAUGAUCAAUCUCUUUUUACAUCCUACAGGUUUCUGAAAUGAAAAAAAAAAAAAAGAAAAAAAACACAGACUAGGUUAAUCUUCCCCUAUGGAUUCUUUGGGUUUUAACCACCAUGGUUUGUAUUAAUCUCUGUUUGUAAA